GCCAAUCACCUUUGGACAAGUCGUAGGGGAGGGAGACACGGAGGGAGACAAGAUGGCGGCGGCGGCGUCGCAAGGCGGGAGGAGCGGCGGUGGUGGAGGCAGUAGUGGGGCUGGCGGCGGCCUCAGCUGCGGGACAAGCAGCAGCCGCAGUGGUUUGUUGGAUAAGUGGAAGAUUGAUGAUAAGCCUGUAAAAAUUGAUAAGUGGGAUGGAUCAGCUGUGAAAAACUCUUUGGAUGAUUCCGCCAAAAAGGUACUCCUGGAAAAAUACAAGUAUGUGGAAAACUUUGGUCUAAUUGACGGUCGCCUCACCAUCUGUACCAUCUCCUGCUUCUUUGCCAUAGUGGCUUUGAUUUGGGAUUACAUGCACCCCUUUCCAGAGUCCAAGCCAGUUUUGGCUUUGUGCGUUAUAUCCUAUUUUGUGAUGAUGGGAAUUCUGACCAUUUACACCUCAUAUAAAGAGAAGAGCAUCUUUCUUGUGGCCCACAGAAAAGAUCCCACAGGAAUGGAUCCUGAUGAUAUUUGGCAACUGUCCUCCAGCCUCAAAAGGUUUGAUGACAAAUACACCCUGAAGUUGACCUUCAUCAGUGGAAGGACAAAGCAGCAGCGGGAAGCUGAGUUCACCAAGUCCAUUGCUAAGUUCUUUGAUCACAGUGGGACACUGGUCAUGGAUGCAUAUGAACCUGAAAUCUCCAGGCUCCAUGACAGUCUCGCCACAGAAAGAAAAAUAAAAUAGCCAAUUCUAAAAUCUCUUUUUCUUCUGGAUCGUAUGAGUUACUGGUGGGUAGGGAAGAAACAGAAAGCUUAAACUUUGUCAAGUAUGAAAUGUUAAAAAAAAAAAAAAAAAAAAAUGCCAUUUAGUCCACUCUGGUUAAAUAGAAUUUCCUAGAUUUUCUAGCACAGAUAUGCAAAGUUGUAUCUUUGACGGCUAGCUGUAGCCUCCAUGGUCUGCUGAGUGAGUUUUUGUUGUUGUUGUUUUCCUUAAGAAACAUUUUUGUAAAAGCCUAGCAUACUUUUACCUUUGUACUUAAUAGUACUUUAUUUAGUAUAGCUUUGUGCCAUGCGGCGUUUGAAUGCUUAGUUCUUAGGAACUGCUAACCUUGCUGGGCAUGGACAUGGUGUUCACCUACAGUCCCAGCUCUUGGAAGGCUGAGGAAGGGGGAUUGAGUUGAGCCAUCCUGGACUGUAGAGCCAGGCCUAGUCUUGGGGAGUGGGUAUCAUUAACUGUUGCUGACUUUGUGUUACUCCCUGCUUCAGCAGCUGUUUCCUUCAAUCCAGGAUACAACUUCUUAUGUACGACAGCUUUCCUUUACACACCAUUUUUGUGGGUGUGUAUAUAGAUAUGACUUGGGGAGAAUUAUUUUUAAAAAAAAUACAAAAUAGCUUUUUAAUUUGUUUAAAAUAGACCUGCCUAUUACAGUUUGUGCUGUUAACCAAUUAAAGAAGCCAGUGGCAUUUUUAGUUUUAUAUUGUUUUCCACUAGUAUGUUCCUGUUGAUUUGUUUGUGCCCAUUAUUAACUGCCAUUUUCUAAAAUUUUUUUCAAUAAAUGAAAGAAGAUGUGAAAA